AUGUUAGGUUCACCAGAGAUUGAAUUCUUCAACGUUCAAGACCAUAAUCAGUUGUAUACACCAUGUUUAAUCAUUCAUGGUAAAGUGCAUAAGGGUCAAGGGGUCAAGAAUAUUCAAGUAAAACAUCCACAAUUGCCCAAUUUGACCUAUCCCGUUAAUGAACAUCAUUUCAAGGCAACGGUUAUCUUGACACCAGGUGAAAACAGAUUUACGUUUGUUACUGAUACCAAUGUUAAUAGACAUUUGAUUCUUGAUUAUUCACCGCUAUUGCAAGAUCAACCAGUGCAUCUAUGUCUACUCGUUGCCAAGGAUUCCCCAUUGCAAUAUGAUACCCCUGAAGUGCAAAGGCAAAGGGAAGGAUCCAAUGAGAUGGACUUAGCCAUUAGGAAGUUAAGAGUAGGUGCACGUUUGAUGCAAGCAUAUACUAAUGAACAGAUGUUGCGUAAUGGAUUCGGUAACAGGACGUUUAAUUUUGUGGAAGAAUACGGUUGGGAUACUACCUUUUCACAAAGGGAAGCAAUGAGGAAUACUGUCAAAAUUCAUGUUUUGAGAGCUGAUGAAACUGUUUCACAGAUUAGAGACUAUAAUUUAGCCCAGCAAAACCCCAAUGGUAGUGAUACUGGUGGAUUGUUCCCAUUAGCUAUGAGAGCACUAAAAAAGUAUGGUGGACCAUUCACUCAGAGCGAAAAACCAGUACAAGCUGCAGUAAUGUUUAUGGAUGCUCAUUGGGACGGUCAAAUGCUUACAGGACAUGCUGCACUAGGUGGUGGUGACGAUCAAGUUAAAUUGGCUAUCUUUGGCUCUCAUGGUCUUUACUCCUGGGCUCCAAGUAUGGAACAAUUAGUACCUUACAUGAUAGAUGAUACCAGAGCUAGCCCUGAUGUUGCUAAUGAUAAUGGUGAAUGUGGCACCCAUUGGGAAUGUUACCAAAUUACUCUGGGUGCAUUCAUGCAUGAAAUUGGUCAUCUUCUAGGUUGUCCUCAUCAGGAGAACGGUGUUAUGUUGAGAGAUUAUACCGUCUUAAACCGUUCUUUCUUGACAAAGGAAGCUUUUUCAGUAAGAACCAAUUCUUACGGUGCCAAACCACCUAUUCUGCCUCGUGAGGAAUGUACUUGGCAUCGUUUGGAUUUGCUAAGGUUCUUAUACCAUCCAUCUUUCACCUUACCACAAGACUAUUAUGAUCCAUCAUUUAUGAGACCGGGUAGAAUUGGCAAUUUUACUGCUGCAAAACCUGCUAUUUACCCUCUUGGUCACGAAUCUUGUAACAUCAGCUGUGAAACUGGUAUUUACUGUAUUGAAGUUUACUGUGGUGAUUUAGCCAAAGCUCAUAUCGAAUACUUACCCAAGAGUCUUGGUGGUCCAGGUCCUCAAAGACAAGUAGUCUUGUCAUUGAAUGAUCUACGUUCACGUAUCCCACCUAAUGAACUGGGUAACCAUGGUGACAAUUUCACUGUCAAAAUCUUAAGCGUCAAUGCAUCUGAAUUGGAAAUUCACGACUUUCCCUCCGUCAUAAGAGCUGAACCAAUUGCCAUGGACAGAUACGGUUUCCCCAAUGGAACUCGUGGUAUCAAAUCACCAGUAUUAGGUGAUCCUAAGCGCGGUUCUGAUGUGGGAAUUAUCCCCUUCGAUGGAUCUAAGGUCUCUGCAGUUCGUGUCUACUACGGUGCUGCAUUGGAUGGUAUUCGUAUCUUCUUUAAUACAGGUUCAUCAGCCGCUAGUGGCUCAACACAAGGUAGUGGCGGUCAACCCCCAAUUCCUCCAAGAACCUAUAUGAACAAAUUGACAAAUGCUUUUAAAUCUACGUCCAUCAACGAUACUAGUGGUGAAAGCGUUUUAUUCGGUAAGGAAACUGGUAGUUAUGGCGAUGUGGUGAUUCCGGAUGGUGAUUCAUUAGCUGGAUUCAACGUGAGAUGUGGUGCAUGGAUCGACGCAGUGCAAGUUUUAACCACACAAGGCCGUGUUAGUGAAUCAUUUGGUAAUAACCAAGGUGGUGGCUUGGCAAAGUUGUGUCCACCUUCUGGUCAAAAGAUUCUUGGAUUUUAUGGUGCUGUAGGACAGUGGGUCGAUGCUGUUGGUAUAGUUUAUGGUGCAGCAUAA